AUGGGCCCCAGGCAGAGCCAGCCCCCGGGAGAGCAGCUGGCCCUCCCCCUGACCCGCUCGAGCCGAGGUGUGCGGGGAGACGGCGAGAAGCGCGGCUGUGCUGGCGGCAGAGCCCCCGGCACUGAGCCCCCGGCCCGGAGCGAGAGGAGAGCUCGGCCUGGGCAGGUUCCCAGCGCCGGGGCCACCUCCGCAGCUCAGCGGGGCAGGGAGCAGCCAGCGCACCGGGACCGCUCCCGGGCCCCCGGCGAGGGGAGGGCGGGAUGCGGGAGCGGGGCACGGCAGGAAGCGCAGCCACCCCCCGAGGGUGAAAAUGGACUGGAAAGAAGGCGGCGCGGUGCCUGCCCACCGCCCGCAGCCGCUUAUCACCCCCAGCGGCAACCGGGCGGGCGCCGUCCCCGCCCAGCCCCGCAGCGCCGUGUCCGGCCCCGCACGGUUCGGUCCGGCCCGGUGCCCAGCACGGCCCCGCCGCGCUCGGGCCGUUGCCAGCUGCCGUUCCCGGAGGGGCCCGCAGACCUGCCCGCUCCUGCCUGUCCGGGCGUGCACGGGCUGAGCCAGGCAGACAGCCGGGCGCUGGAGGUGGAAUCGCUCACAGACCCAGAGAACGGGGCUGAAGCGUGGGAUGUGUUUUUCAAGAGUGUUUGGGGAAUGCCGGCGACAGUCCCUGAGAGUCCAAUGUGCAGGUCAGGAUGCAGCACCGGAGGAGCCUCAGGCUCUGCUGUCCUUGGAGCAGGGAAGUGGAUGUUCCACUUGGCACAGAACACCCCAUAAAUGCCACCCCGAGAGGGAAGGAGGCCCAC